AUGGUACGAGAGUUUUGCAUAAGGAAAGCCCACGAUGAGAGGUUUAUUCGUGUUCUCAGUGAUAGAGUUGUUCGACAGGGCACCAUAAAUGAGAGGCACAUUAGUUUCAUAAAUGGGCAACACAUUACUCCUGGGCAUUCUGAUAUGAUUAACAUUUGGGCUCCAACCAUCCACACCAUUCUAUACUUCCAUCUUAAGAACUUUCCUUGUGUGACAUCCUUUCUACGAAACCAUAAAUUUCUUAGGAUAUUUGAGGCCAUGAGUGAAAACUCUACUUCACUCCCUUCAGAGGUAUUUGAUUUGUUUGAUUUAAGAUAUCUAGCUUUAACUUGUUCUUCUAUUCCAUCAACCAUAUCUAAUCUCAUGAAUCUUCAAACCUUGAUCAUCCUUCCAACCUCUCGGUUUGCUUCAGCCAAUGAUCACAGAAGAUACUGGGUAGGUGAGACUAAUGCAUGGUCUCAUUCCCCACUGCCACUGGAAAUUUGGAGGAUGCCUCAGUUAAGGCACGUUUUACUCCACCACGCUGUUACUCUACCGCAUCCCCCAGAUGGAUCAAAUCCUCCUCUAGAAAAUCUCCAAACUCUUUCAUACAUCUUGAAUCUUGUAUGGAAUGAAAACGUCUUGUUGAUGAUUCCAAACGUCAAAAGGUUGGGACUUGUGUAUGAUAUCGAUGUAGAGUUUAACCUCGAUCUCCUCAGACGUCUGGAUAAACUUGAAAAGUUGGUAAUAGAAACUGGUUACACAUUUGAGAUCAGACGUCUGGAUAAACUUUUCAAGGUGAAAACAGCUGGUUACACAAAUUAUUGGAGGAAUAGUGUUAAUUUUCCUAGCACACUGAAGAAGUUGACCCUGGUGGGUGGGGGUCUCCCUUGGAAAGAUAUGAGUGUGAUUGGUUCGUUGCCUAAUCUUCAAGUGCUCAAACUACGAAAUCACGCUUGCAGAGGUGAAACUUGGGAAACAGUUGAUGGAGAAUUUCCUGAUCUAAGAUAUUUGCUAAUUGUUGGAUCAGUGCUCCAGCAAUGGAUAACUGAGAGCAGCCACUUCCCCAGACUCAAGUACCUCGUGCUUCGUCAUUGCCAGAUGUUAAGGGAGAUUCCGGGAUGUAUAGGAGAGAUUCCAACACUUGAAGUGAUUGAAGUGGAUUCUAGUAACCAGUUUCUUGUGGAGUCAGCGAAGCAGAUAAAGGAGGAUCAAGAGAGCUAUGGAAAUUAUGAUCUUCAUGUUCGUGUAACCCAUUCUCGUGAGGUCAGAGUUUUGGCCAUUCUUGAAUUAUAUAUAUGA